AUGGUUUUCGUCCCGAUAUCUCUGCGUACCAAGAAGGGGAAUUGCACAGUCCAGACGACGAUAAAUACAUUUUUUAAGCAAAGCACAGACAUUCUGAGAGAUGCAGGUCACCGUGACACCGUUAUGAUACGGUCUCCGGAUGUGAAUAACCUCCGCAAAUGGAUACGGAUUACGUCCACGGAGCGUAUCCAUAUCGAGAGGGUUCACUGUAGUACCUCAUGA